UGAACGCCGAGUACUGAGAACAGCCCUUUCAUUGCCUGUACCCUUCUAAGCAGCAAAAGCUCUAGUUUAGCGUAGCACGAGCAUAAAUCAUCUUUCGUCUGCACCUGCCUGCAACCCCAUAGCUUAUUCUGUGAAUAGGCACAUUUGAGGAUUAUUUGAAUUUACUAUAUCAGUACCACCCAAUUCCACUUCCAGCUUCCCAGCCAGUCUGAUAGCUUCCCACGGAACCCAAUCUAAUAACUCCAUAGUGCUCCGGCGCAUGUAAUAUAUUUAUUUCCUUCUACUCAUACAUUUUUCAAAGAUAAUAGACUCUAGCAGAAUGCCACAACUUCCUUCUGUCUCCGAGCUCAUGAUUUCCACGGCGGCCAAGCCUGUGGCCACGAAUUCACAUCCAGCAUCGUCCACCGCUUCUAGCACGACUCCUCCGCCAACCACGGUACCUACUUAUCAGCAUACGAGAACUCCCAGGUCUCCCUUGGUGCCCAGGAUAUCGUCCUUUACAUCUACUUCAGCGUACUCCCUACCACCCCCAGGACCCUUGAGAAGGUUGACAGACCCAAAUAUUACAGCUACGGCCAACUCAAGCAAUACCACAAGUCCCACCAGCACACAUCCUUCAAAUCCGGUCAAUGGAGACUACUUCAAUCACUACCAGAUUAACCAAAGAACCUCGGUAUCUUCUUCGAUAGACCCCUUGUCAAGGCAGGCCAGCAGUAACCAGUUCAGCACAGUCAACUCGUCACCUCCUUUGACAAAUCAAACGACAACGAACGUAGCGCCUACUCUGAACCCAUACGCCUUUUCGUACGAGUCGUAUCCCGCCAACGCUUCCUAUCCAAAUGGUUCUGCCGUUUACGGAAACGCUAUGGCUCCACCUCAACCACACCCUCAGAUGAAUGGCCCAGUGCACCAGGCCCCUCCACCACCACCUCCAGGGUAUCCACAACAUGCGUACUACUAUCCCGCCAUGUUUCCUCCUCCUCAGGCUAUGGGCCCGGCUCCGGGAGUGCCGCCUGGAGUCCCAGGUGAGUAUCCAUACAUUUACGCAGCUAACGGCUACUACCAAUUACAACAGCAGCCCAAUGCCGGUCCAGUGCCUUCUCACCAGGGAGCAGGCUCACCAUACGAAGAGAAUAAUGCAUUGAUGAACAAGCGCCGCAUCAUAAAGAGAAGAACCAGAACCGGCUGCUUCACAUGCCGUAAGAGAAGGAUAAAGUGUGACGAACGCAAACCUACAUGCUACAACUGUGAAAGAUCCAAGAAGGUGUGUCUUGGCUACGAGAACCUCAACAUAAUCAACAAGAAGAAGAGAGAUACGUCGCUAGACUUGGACCAGCAACAGCAGCCGCAGGAACAUCUUCACCAAGAACAUCUUCAUCAAGAACAUCUUCAUCAAGAACAUCUACACCAAGAACAGCUUCACCAUGAACAGCAUCCGCAACACAGCGCCAGCUAUCCCACUUUACCAGCACCCCAAGGCUACAUUCCCAAGGCCACCAGUAUGAUUCCCAACGGCAGAACAGGUUCUACGUCGGGAUCUAACGGGAAGGUGUCAGUGCACGAUUUGAUUAAGUAGGAGACGCCCUCAAGACUUCGGCAAGUUCUUGUGUUGCAGCCGCUCAAGAUAAAGCAUUAUGGGCUUGGAUAAUAAUUCAUGAGCUGAUUCUGCUACGAAUGUUACGACGAUAAUAUAUGUAUGCUCUACGUACAAGCGUAUAUAAUAAAUGCAUAGCCAUGUCGAAAGAAUGGUGGAAUUCAAUAG